AGCCCAAAGCAGAUCCAUUUUGAGCUGGCCAUUUUUAUUUCUGUUUGGGCUCUCAUUCUGUGACUCUGUUUAUCAGGCCCGUGCGGCUUAAAUUUGAGAAAGAGAUCAUGAGGCCCAGGAAAUUGUCAAAGAAACAAAAAGAAGAUAUGGACGGAAACAACACAGACGUUAAACAAGAAGAGAGAGAGAGAGAGAGAGAGAGAGGAUGGACAGUGCCACAGUGGGGCUUCCGAGUUGCUGGAUCGUGGAUGAGUCAACUCAACCCGGGCGGCAUCAAUAACUGAAACUUGUGUGAUCGCAGAAUUUAGCCGGCGCCGGUGCUCCGGUGCGUUCCAAAUUCACGGCCGCGUCGUCUCCAUCGAUGCCAAUACUUCCUAAUUUCCAUCCACCAUGAACCAGUCCCCAUAUUUAUCCAGCCCGUUGAGCUCAUUCUCUGUCACUACAGUUCCCUCUGCCCUAACAUGGAGCGUCUCCAACCUCUCGGGAAAUCUCAUGUGAUCGCAGACCUUGGAGGAAAAUAUAGAGAAGGUCGUGUAUCGAUGCCGGUUUCUGGCCAUUCUUGCUGUCUUCGGUUCCUUGAUCGGAUCAUUUUUAUGCUUCAUCAAGAUGUCUAUCUCUUGGGUACGGUGAUGCUAGUUUUUGGAAUGGGUCUCCACGAGCUCUUUAUCAGCAAUCUCAGCCCUUCAAAGACGUCGCCAGGGGAAAGAAUAGCAGAUCGGCCAAAUAUGUUUGGCCUUUUCACCUUGAAGGAGCGACCUAGAUGGCUAGAAGUGAAGACUGAGAAGGAGCUGAAAACCAAGCUCGGCCACGUGAUAGUGAUGCUCCUUCUGAUUGGGUUUUUUCGAGAAGAGUAAGACGGAUUCCAUAUACUCCGCUCUUGAUCUGCUAUACUUUGCAGCUUCUGUGCUUCUAUGUUCUGGUUGCCUUUUCUUGUUAUCCAAGCUUAGCGACUCAAAACAUUUCCUUAACUAAGAACCGAUGAAAGAGUGCUUCAAAAGGAUGCAAGUCAUAGCUGCACAUAUGUAGAUUUUCACGAAUGUAAUGUGUACAUGAAUUAGUACAAAUUGUGUAAUGCUAGAGCUAUCUUCUCUAUUCUAAUUGAGUUGUAUACCUUAUCAACUAUUCGCAACUCAACCAUUCUGACUUCUAUAGGCAUCAUUUUCCUGGAAGAAUGAUUUAGAAAGAUGAUGAAUUUAAAAACUUAGGUAAUCUGACAUGUAAUUGCAAUUAAGUUCACAACUGUUUUUGAGCAUCUAUAUGUGAUAGUAAUUAGUAAAGGGAUGAUAACGUAUUUUACCAUUAAGGGAAAAACAAAGAAUGCUGACUUUAAUAAUGAAUUGGAAAUAUUUUUUUUUAUUACUGCAAAAUUAAAUUUAAUUACUACAUUACAACAUUUUCAUUCAAGCAAUGGUAUUGUUUGAUUGGUCACCACUAACUUGCUAGAAGGAACGUAUAUUUGAAAUAAAGAUAAUUUGUUUGA